ACGGCAAACAUCCCCCAACCCCCACCUAGAAGAUAUUAUUCCACUAGAUCUGAUACUGGAUAAUUAAGCUUCUUCAGUACUGCUACGUACUAGGGGGAAGUAAUCUCGCCAACAAGAAGAUCAUGCUUAGGGACACUGCAGAGCGACAAAGUAGAUCGAGCUUCAAUGUGGCAAAAAGCCUGCCGCAUAAAAUAUCAUCUACAUCGGACAAUGAUGAAGCAAAUACUGGUAAUAAUAAGAAGAUUAUUCGUAGGGACACUGAACGACAAAGAAGGCAGAAAAUGGCCAUUCUUAAUGCAUCACUUCGAUCGCUGCUGCCUGUUGAAAUGAUUAUGGGAAAGCGUUCGUUAUCGGAUCACAUGAGCGAGGCCGUGAAUUAUAUAAAAUACCUAAAGAAUAAGCUCGAAGAGCUGAGUGUCAGGAGUAAUAAGCUUAAGGAAUUAUCUAAUUUUAGUGUUCUCGGUCUUGGAAAUCAAAGAUCGGAUAAUAAUCUUCAGAACCGUGUUAUGGUCCACCCUUGUUGGGAUGGAGUGGAGAUUGUAAUAACUAGCAAUGUCAAUGAGGACAGUUUGCUUCUGUCAGAGGUGCUCGAAAUCUUGCUCGAAGAAGCGCUAAGUGUAGUCACCUGCAGUUCUACUAAAGCAAAUGAAAGGUUAAUUUACACUAUUCAGGCGAAGGUCAAUGAUUUUGGUUGCGGCCUUGAUCUACAUGAGUUGCAGCGGAAAUUGAAUGCACUCGUCAUGUCAUCCACGCGCUGAGAAGCAUUCACUCGAUCUGAACCCUAAACGUGGUUAAUUUUGUUUAUAUAUAUGUGUCACUGGAAGAUCUGAUUUUUCGGAGGAGAUUUUGGGACUUGGUUAUAAGUCCCGUUGUUUGUUGGUUAUCAAUGAUUUCGUCUCUCCCCCACGCAUCCUAGCUAGGUUUUGAUGCAUGUGUUGCAUUAUCUGUGGUAUAUUUGUGUCUUUGUAUAGUUUUUUCUUCUCAAUAGAGAAAUUUCUAUGGAAUGCGAAAAGUUUAGAUCUC